AAAAUAUUUUGUCAUAAAAUUUGCUCCGUUACGAAGUUUGUUUUCGGACAAAUUAUUUAUUUUUGGUUUAAGAUCUAGAUUGUGUACAAAGAGUGAAGAUUAAUGGUAGGAUAUAACCCUGAUAUCAAGCUUACCAAGGCUGACCAGGCGCAGGCUGGAGCAGUCAGUAACAUAGUGGCCAGGGCAGUCGUUCAGCCAUUUGAUGUUCUCAAAAUCAGAUUUCAGUUGCAGGUGGAGCCUAUUUCAUCAUCCAGCAGUUCCUCCAAGUAUCGGAGCAUUCUGCAGGCAAUUAGGUGUAUUGUGAGGGAAGAGGGCCCUCGGGCUCUGUGGAAGGGCCAUGUUCCAGCACAGAUACUCUCCGUAGGAUUUGGAGUUGUAGAGUUUACAUGUUUUGAGUACAUCACCAAGAUUCUGUGGUACGGAUUACCAGAGAGUUUCCAAACAAGAUACAAGCCAUUGGCUCAUGCUCUCGGAGGCAGCCUGUCCUCUACUUUGGCCACAGUGGUCAUUCAGCCUGUGGAUAUUAUCCGCACCAGGAUCAUAGCUCAAGGAGAACCUAAGGUGUAUCGAUCCAUGUACCAUGCAGCAAGCAGUAUCAUAAGGACUGAGGGGUUCCGAGGGUUCUACAAGGGUCUGGCCCCUGCCUGCCUCGGAGUGGCCCCACAGAUGGGUCUCCAGUUUGGCUUCUACUCCCUGCUGCAAAACGUCUGGAACUCUGCAUUUGAUCUUUCACAGAGACCCUACCCAGGUGCUGUGGAGAGUUUUAUCUGUGGUUCUGGGUCGGGAUUCUUAAGUAAGCUUCUCAUGUAUCCAAUGGACGUCACCAAGAAAAGACUCCAGAUUCAAGGCUUUGAGGAAGCGAGAAAAAACUUUGGUGCCGUGAGACAAUAUAAAGGGGUCGUUCACUGCAUCAAGCAGUCAUUGAAGGAUGAAGGGUUAAGGGGAAUGUACAAGGGGUUGAGUCCUAGUUUGCUAAAGGCGGUGUUUGUUUCAGGGACUAUUUUCUGUGUUUAUGAUCAAGUGUGUUAUGUGUUUAUGAUGAAAAAUAGAUAGAAAAGUGAGUAAUUUAGAUGUUGUGAAGAAAUAAAUAGAAAAGUGAGAAAUUUAGAUGUUGUGAAUUGUUUAAAUAUGACCCAUUCAGUAUUGGAUUUUCUUUUGCAUUGAUUUUAUGCCCCCACAAAAAAGGAGGCAUAUAAAUAUUUUUUGUUGAUCAGUCUAUAUAUUAGGGCAUAGGCGGGUAAAAUUUUUGGAGCUGGGUACCCGAUUAACAAUUUCCUGCAAGUACCCAUAGAAACAUGUACAUUUCAUGUCGCAAAAUUAACAUUACAAAGAUUAGUGCCCUUUUUUACCACCACAAAUAACCAUGAUGUCUGCAACAGGAACAAGUACUGUUUACACAGUUUUUUAUCUCUGUUCAUGUGAGCUCAAUCACAUGGUGUGGUAAUGUGAUCUAUGAAAAAUCACAGUGAUAAAAAACACUCCUUUUAUUUACUUCAGGAAGCAGCAGGGAACAAUACUGACAUAAAAACACCUCAAAUGCACCAAACAUAAGUUGGUCUGUUACCAAAAUUGUACUUGGGUUCCUGCAAAACAGACUGGCCUGCAGGUACCUCUUCAUGCACUACAUCUCUACCUACCUACAUACAUACCUCCUUUUUUAAACCAAUUGUUCAGAACUUUGUUAAAGUUAACAAUGAGAUUAACGACGAUGUUGCUAUUUUUUAAACAUUAACUAUAUGAUGGUGUCUUAACAUAUUUAAAUUUGUAGAAGUACAGCUGAAACAGUUGUCCCAAAUCUUAUUAGAAAUACAGCAGAUCAAAAGUCUGAACAAUCGACCCAUUGUGUGUCAAACUCAUCUUCACACCAUUUGUGUAACAGGAUUUGUUUUAAUAUAUGAUUUUAGACUUAAGUGAUAUAUGUAUAAUUUUAUAUUUUGAGUUUCAUGUACUAUGCAUUACUAAUAGAUCUACAUUGUGAAUGUGUUUCAUUUAUGUAGUUAAAUUGUAUAUCGUUACUUUUAAAAACAACUGAUCUAAAAUUAUAUUAAAGCUGCACUCUAACAGAUUGACCAGUUUGACAUUUUUUUAUUCUUUGUCUAGGAAUGAGCCAAUGUAUGCGUAAAUGUAUGAAAACGAGUGAUAUAAGAAGGCUGACUUAAGAUUAGAUCACAGUUUUUCAUAUUUAUGGUCGAAAAUUGAUGUUUUAUGGCUACUUUUAAGCGUUACUAACACAUUAAAAUAAGUGGAAUUUUUGGCCGUUUUUCUAACAAAUGAGAUCUGUUCUAAUUCGAGUUAUCUUGUAUAACUAAAUUAGAGGUGUUGAUGCCAAAAUUGUAAAUCUGUGCAGCUUUAAAUGGCACAUGUACAUUAAACUUCUUCUUACCUGUGAAUCUCUUACAUUCUCAGAUUCUACUACAGUGCACUGCAGGAAUUUUUACAUACAUGUAUUUUAGUGUAUUAUUGUUACUGGUGAACUAUAUAUGUCAUUAUAUAUGUGUUUUAUUACUGGUGUAUUAUACAUGACAUUGAGUAUGUAUUAUGCUUAAAGCCCAAAGAUUCACUGUUAAUUUUCUAUACUGCUCAACAAUAAUUUUGUUUAUACACAUUGUACAGAAGUCAGUCUAAAUGAGAUUUUCCCUGUUAGUUUGGAGGGCUUGAAUUUAUAUUUGAAAUAUGUGUCUUACUUGUGACAGUUAGUUUAUUUAAACUGUUAUAAGCAUAGUUUUAAGAAUCUGACUCAUAAAUAGAUUUGCGUACUGUUUUGGAAUUAUUUAAAAGGUAUGUCAUAUGUCCAGCUGUUACAACCUUGUCUUAUGAAUUAAUUUGUUGUUAUUGAUGGUAUUUUAUUCAAACUUCACAGAAUUGUAGAGCACCAUGGGAAGGUGUGUCCUUCAUAAAAUAGAUGCAAUUAUCUUAAAAGUCAAGGUCAAAUUUAGAGGUAAAUGUUAUAAAUUAUUAAUUAUAGCAAUUAUUCAUGUCUGAACCAUAACUUAAUAGAACUGUUCAGCGUUAUGGAAAGGUGUAUCCCAUAUACAAUUUGUGCUCUUAUCUCGUAGGUCAAGGUUACACUUGGAGGUCGAUAUUUUAUGAUAUGGAUUUCAUGUAAGAAUAUGUGAAUGAGCCAUAACUUUUCAACUUUUCAUUGGAAUUCAAUCAAACUUCAUGUGAUUGUAUAGCACCAUGAGAAAGUGUAUUUAGCAUAAAAUUUGUUCUCAAAGGUCACAUUCAGAGGUCAGCCAUUAUGAUCUUACAUCUUCACAGAGUUUUAAACGUUUGCUAAGAUAAAUAGGAUUUUAAUCAAACAUUUCAUUCAACAUUAUAUAUAUUAUAUACAAAUGACUUAUUAUCCAACAGUCAUGUUUUGUGACAGCCAUUGUUCUGAAUAAAUGCCGUUUUGACAUACAUGUAUAAAGUCAUUUACAUUGUAUAUUGUUUUAAUUUGAUUAUUUGUAAAUGAAUUGACACUGUUUUUUUGUGAUGUUACUGUGAAUAUUCAGAAA